UACAAUUUUUUUUUUUUGCAAUUAUACUGUUUUAAAAUAAAUUUAGAAAAUCACUAGUGUUCACGAUUUGUUUAUAUUAAAUUAAUUAUGCAUUAUAAGUCAAUAGUUAGUGUUCCCUUUGUAUUUAACCAUUAUUGAACACAUUAGAAUGUUUGUUCUCAUUCCAUUUUUUUAUGUUUUUGAUUAAUUUAAACAUUUAUUUUGACAUUUUUUGUACAAUAAUUUCUUCUCUUAUACAUAAUACAAAUGUUACAGUUUUCAUACACUCCGUUUUAUUGUGAUCUUCAUACUCUAUGUGAUUAUGUGAAUCAAACUUAUUUAUACUUAUGGUAUACUUAAUUGGUCUAUUUACAAUUGAAUUAUUAAAACAAAGAGAUCUUAUUAUACCAUGUCUGAAGUAGUUUCAUAUUCACCUGUAAAAAAGGAAUUUGAUGUAUCAUCUGGAAAUAAUAAUGAUAAUUCAAACAAUAAUUUUGAAGAAAAUGGGGACAUUGAAAAUGAUCAAUCAAAUUCUAAUUAUGAUACAGUCUCAGACUGUGGAACUUCCGUUCAUAGAUGUGAUAGAUGUGAUAACUAUGAAACUUUAAAUGAAACAAGUCUAAUAUCACACUUGGCUACAUGUCAAGGAACAGAAAGUAAUAAUGAGAAUGAUCUACAAACAAAUCGUAAAUUAUUUGAAUGUGAUAUAUGCAACAUGAAAUUUUCAAAUGGUGCUAAUAUGAGAAGACAUAAAAUGAGACACACAGGAGUUAAACCUUAUGAAUGUAAAAUUUGUCAAAAGCGUUUUUUUAGAAAAGAUCAUUUAGCUGAACAUUUUACAACACAUACAAAAUCAUUACCAUUUCAUUGUCCAAUUUGUAAUAGAGGAUUUCAACGUCAAAUUGCAAUGAGAGCACAUUUUCAAAAUGAACAUGUUGGUCAACACGAUAUGGUUAAAUCAUGCCCAUUAUGUAAUUUUAGAGCUAGUUCAAUGAAAAGUUUAAGAGUCCAUUUUUUUAACCGACAUGGAAUUGACCUAGAUAACCCAGGUGUUAAUGUAAUAAAUUCUACUUUAACAAACCAUAUUGAAUAUAAUAGCGGAAAUGUAAGUACUAGUGGAGCUUGUAGUGAUAGCGGAGAUUCAAUUGGAGGAAGUCGUUCAGAAAGUAAUGCAACACCACCUAUGCAUUUUCUUACACCCCAUGUUGAAAUAUCAAUGACAGAACCCAAUCCUACAGAGUGCUCAUCUUUUUCCUCUUCUCAAGUUAAUGAUAAUAACAUGAAAACUGAAACUAUUCAAAAUUUAAAUAAUGAUGAUGUUUCACAAGAUAAUGAAUGUCCAAACUCUCCACAAUCAACAGAUUCAAACUCCAAUAUGUCUACAUUACCAAUAUUAGCAGGAAAUAGUCGACAAGAAGGUGAAGUAAGUACAAUCACACCAUCUGUUUCUCUCAUUCCUAUAAAACAAGAACAAGGAGAUGAGCAUUUAAGAAAAAAUAGUUCAAAUAAUGUCCAAAAUGGAGAAACUGAGUCUGGACGUUUUCAACCAGCAUCAAGUUUAUCAUCAUUAAUCAAAGUAUCACCUCUAAAAUCAUUGUUGCGUGAUGAAUUUAAACGUAACAUAAAUAUGAAUACCCCUGAAUUAUCUCAGCCUCAUAACACAGAUCCUGGUAUUUGGAGGUAUAUAGCAUUUCAAAAAACAUUACAAUGUUCCUUUUGCGGUAUUACAUUUCCAGACCAAACACUUUACUUUCUUCACAAGGGGUGUCAUUCUGAAACAAACCCAUGGAAAUGCAAUAUUUGUGGAGAACAAUGUAGUAACGUAUAUGAGUUUAAUUCUCAUUUACUUAGUAAAACCCAUCAAUAAUCUUCAUACAUUAUUUAUUUCCAAAAACAAUUUAUUCAUAUCAUCUAUAUUGUAAUGUCUUAGUACUUUAAUUAAUAAUGUAUUUAAUCAGUGAUAACCAAAAUAAAAUAUAUCUUAAAAUAUGCUGCAAUAUUAGCCAUAAAACUUAAAAUAUUUCAAUUGAUUUAUUUUGCAAACGUAGUAUUGGAAAUAAUAAUUUUUUGUUAUAAAAGUAAAAAAUACAAAUUAAUAAAUUCAUUUUUUAAAAUUAAUCUACCUACUUGUUAUACAAAUUAAUAAUAUUAAAUUAAAUUAAAUAUAACAUAAACUAUGAUUGUUUAUUAUAAAUGUAUGACUGAUAGUCUUUAUUCAAUUUAAAAUUGUAUGGUGACUACUUGUAUUUGUUUAACAACAAUUUACUACAGUAUUAAUUGCAUACCUAUCAAAAUAAACCAAAUAAAAUAAAAUUAUGUAUUGACAGGUUAUUAUGAUGAAAAAACGUGUCAGUGGUCGACUGUAUUAAUUUUAUGGAAUUAAUUAUUUUAAAACAAAUGUAUUUAUUUAAUUUUCUCCCAAGCACAAAUAUUUAAAAUAUAUUUUAUUUUGUAUAACUAAAUUAAGUAUUUUAAAUAUUCAUCAUGUAAUGGAUUGGUAACAAAGCUAAAAUAUUUUGUUUUAAUGAUUUUGUACUUAAGAGUUUUAUUUCUAAGUACAUAAAAGUUUAAAAAAAUAUUUGGUAUUUACCCUUUUUUAAUAAUGUCUACAUUAUUCAAUGAUUUUGUUGAAAUGCUGUUACUCUAAAGGAGCACAAGUUUAUUUAUUUAAAAUAUUCAUUGUAUUGAUUGGUAUAGAUAAUGUAAUAUAAGUUAUAUGUGUUAUCUAAGUAAUUAAUUGUAAGUACGAAACAAAGUUAUUUUAUUUUGUUGAGUUUUAAAAUUUUCCGUCCAAAGUGCCUUGUCAGUAUAUUGAUUGUAUUUUAAAAUAAAAUAAUUAAAACUGUAUUAAUAUAAUAUAUUUCUGAGAAAAUAGUUUAAAAAUAUAUUGUAAAAAACUGUUAAAAAUAGGCAAAUUAUAUUAUUCGCCCAUUAUUUGUGACACAAAUACACAAUAAUUGUGUACUCAUUUUUUUACUAAGGAUUUGUCUGCAUGAAUUUGAAAACAGAUUUGAGUAAAUAAUCGUUCUCCAUCUCUGGUAUAAAUUAUUAUAUUCAUUAUAAAUUAUAAUUAUAAUUUAUAGUUUUAAAAUGUUUGUACUAAUUUAUUGUUUAAAAUUUUAUGUACUCAUAAUGUUUCGUUAUUAACUUUUGUAUUAGUAAUAUCAUAACUUGUGUGAAAGAAAAAAUAAGAAAACAUUUAGCUGCAUUAAAAUACUAAUUCACUUAAUUCAACUAUUGCUUGUAGGUAAUCAAACAUAUUUUUACUGGCCAAAACUUCUGUUGUGUUAUAAAUUUUAAUUACUAAUUAUUUACUUUACUUCCAAAUUCAGUUGUAUUAAAAUAGUGUUAUAUUAUUUAUAAGUAUACAUUCCAAACAUCUAUUUAAUUAACUCAUUUUUAGUUAGUUAGAUAUCCAUUGAUUAUUAAUGAGUACAUUGACUAGUAUGGUCAAUAUGAAGUUGUACCAGUAAAAUUAUCAUUUACCUGACAUGUUAUUAACUAAAAUAAACUUAAACUUCCAUAAAAAAAAAACAAGAAAUAUUAAAUUAGGUAUACUUUAUUAUAAAAUAAUUUGCCUAUGUUUAGUUAUCUAUUUUUCUGUGAUAUUAUAUUAUAUUGUAAAUUUUUCUAUUCAAAUUAUUUACUGAGUGUAAGCACUCAUUUUGUGUUCAAAAUACUAACAAUUGAAAAAUGUACUGUACAACGAUAUGAUUAGUUUGUUUUUUUUGGGCUAAUUACCUGUCGCUUGUGAUAUACUUAUUGUUAUUUGGUACUUUACAUAUGAUAUUGAAUUAUACGGAAUCAAAGAAAUUACAUUUUUUGUGACUAUAAUAGUGACAGAGCUAUACCUUUUUAGUUUACCAAUAUUUUCUUAGGCGGUUGGUGCUAUAAAAGAUAUUAACCUGUUACUUAUUAUGGUGUACGAUACUCAUCCUUGGUAUGGUAUAUAUUCACACCGUUAUUAUUAUCAUUAUUAUGUGAAAUUUAGUAUAGUACAUUUACGAUUGAACGAACAAAGAUUGUUAGUAUUUUUUAACACAAAAUAUAUCAAUGCACGAUCCUAUAAUGUCUAAUAUAAGUACUAAAGUAAUAAAUCUUUUACCACUAACAGACCUGGAUUAAAACCAAAGCCCACAGGAAAAUUAAAAAAUUUUGUGCCCCUAUUUACAACUUGAAAAUUUUAUUUUAAUAUUUAAUUUGUGUUUAAUAAUUAAUUGUAAAAUCUUUUUAUAUUUUUCAAUCAAUAUACAAAAACUCAUCAUUAUUAAAAUUUGAAUUAAUCAUAAAAUAAUAUUUGUAACUUAUUGGAUAUAUUAUUUGAACUAAAAGUAAAACAUUAAACAUAACAUAAAAUAAACCUAAAUGUUUUAUACAAAUUUAAAACCGCAGUGUGGUCUAAAUAAUAUUAUCAAUUUUAAUUAAACAACAAUAGGACUACUAUAGGGUUUUAAAUAUGUUCACAAACUAAUCUAUUAGUUAAAAAUUUACUAUAAACUCAUACUUAAUCAAAAAAAUAAAUAAAUUAAUAAAAAGUAAUUUGUAUUUUUUAUCAAAACAAAUAUAUUGUUGCUGAAAUAAUACCCCUAAAUCUGUAAUCCGUUUCAGUUAUGUAGGUUGUAAAUUAUAAUGUUUACGCCUUAUACCGGGCCUGACCACAAGUUAAUUUUUAGAGCACAAUUGCAGUUGUGAUUAAAGUCCGCGAUACUAUGUUUCAUAAGUCACAUUGUAAAUACAUAUUUUUACAUUUAAUAUUAUAAUAAUACCUUUAUUUUAUCUGUAAUAUAAUUAAACAUAAUAUUUCCUAUGUACACAAUUAUUCAUACCCCUACCUAAUCUUUGUAAAUUUUACUUUAUUUAUUUAGUGAUUUAUUAGAAAUAUAAACUGUAGUAUUUUGUUACUUGCAAGUAUCAUUAAAUAUAGAAUUAGACACCCACCUUGUAUUAAUAUUGAGUUUUUGUGAACAAUUCUGAUUGCUAGUACAAUUUUUGUAAAUAAUUUUUACGAAAAUUUUCAUUUUCAUAUUUGGUCUAGACUAGACGUUUUAAUUAUUUUUAUAUUAAUUUAUUGUUCUUUAUUGUUGCACAGUUUUAUUUUCAUCCUAUAUCAUAUGUUAAUUUGAUUGUAUUAAAUGCCAUUAUUUUUAGUCUAAAAUAACGGAAUACAGGGUUUUUGAUAUCUAAAUUAGUCUAUAAUUUAAUAUUGUAAUUAUUGUAAACAAUUCUAAUUGCUAGUACAGUUUUUGUAAAAAUAUUUACAAAAAUUUCCAUUUUCAUGCUUGGUCAAAACGUUUUAAAUUAUGUACACAAAUUUACAAGAAUUAUUUAUCAUUAAGCAUAUAACCUAAUUGGAUUUUUUAAGAUAAAUAAAUAACUGUUGAGUAUUACAUCUUGUAAUGAUAAAAAAAAUCUCAAAUGUAACAAUUAUUUUUAUGAUAAUGAAAAUGUAACAUAAUAUGGUAUUAUUUUAAUGUUAAUUAAUAUUAAAUACUUUUAGUUAUUCUGUUUUUUUUUUAAAUUAUUAAUUAUGUUUUUAUGAAAUACUAAACCUGUAUUAUGUGAUUUUCAAAUUGUGACUGUAAAUUCAUAUUCCGUCCAAUCAGUAUGAAAUGUUAAAUUUGACUAUUUAUAACUAUUUAUACAUUCUUAACUGUUAUAGUGUUAAAUAUUGUUAGUUAAUAAUUAAUAAAUGGCAAGUGUUUUUAAUAUAUUAUGUUAUAGUUUAUUCUAAUAGAUUUUGUACUAAAUAUAUUUUUUUUAUUAUUUCCAAGGUACCAACUAUGCAAUAGAUAUAAUCCUAAAAAAAAUGUAGGUCUUAUUGGAAAAAGCUGUUUUUGCAGUUAUUAAAAGAGUGUUAUGACUAUAAAUGAACAUAAAUCCAUCAUUGUUUGUAAGUCAAAUCAAAUGGUUUUUAUUUUGAUAAAUGUUUUGUCUUUUAUAUUUAUAAUUAUAUUCUUCUCAAAAUCAUAGUACCUUUUCAUGAUUUGUUUAACGAUAGAUUUAUAAAUAAAUUAACACUUUAUUGUU